CAAAGCUCCUUCCUCCACCACCACCACUCUCCUCCGCCCUCCGCACUCCGGCACCAUGAACUUUGCCCGGCGGCUCUUGUCCUCCUCGGCGCGCGCGACCUCGAGCCUCGCUGCGGCCCCCGCUCCCGCCGCGGCCGAGGCCUCCGUCUCGGCCUCGGUGCCGCCGCUGCACGCCCGCCCCGCCGGCUUCCGCUCGCCCAAGAAGCGCGUCAUUGAGAUGGACCAGCUCCCAAAACCCAUCUUGAAGGAGGUCGCGCGCGACCUCGAGCGCGCGAAGGCUGCGGCGCUGGAGCGCGCUGCCAAGCGCGGCGAGGAGUUUGACGGCGUCGUCAUGGUCCAGAACCCGUUCUUGAGCUUCUGGAGGCCGUCGCCUGACCCCAACAUGCGCGGCAAGUUCCUCUGGACCGGCGCAUCAAUCAAUCGGCGCCACCAGAAGCUCCUGCUGCAGAAGUACCCGGCCGAGCUGCUGCCGCCGUCUGAAACCAACCCGAUCCGGCACGCGCCGCCCAUCGUGUGGAACGACGGCACCGUGAUCACCUGGAAGGGCAGCUGGAAGGCCAAGGCCGAGACGUCGCUGUAUGCCUCGCGCCGCUUGCAGGCCAACGGCACGUACUUCAAGGGGACCAAGGCGGAGCGUGACGCGCCGGUGAAGAAGGCUGAGCGUGAGGAGCGCAUGGCCGGCAUGGCUAAGCGCAUCGAGGAGUUCCGCAAGUCCAAGAAGGGCACCAAGGUCAUGGGGCGGAACGCUGUUCCCUUCUAGUUCUCUCGGCAGCAUUGUACUCAUGCAUAUCAUCAUUCCAAGGGGUGUGGUAUUGGAGAAUGGGCGUGGAGGUUUACUGGGUUAUCUAGAUCGGCGACAGGCAGCCUGCUCACACCACGCUGUUCUCUGCAGCUCUCUCUCUUCGAUCCCUUCUCGCCUCUGCGGAUCCGAACCGUCUGCAUCUGAACAGCGCGAUUGCAUCUCAUCUCCAUGUCUCAUGUCGUCGCCUUGACGUAUGCAUUGCUUCUACA